GUGACUGGAGUGUGCUUCCUGCAGCGAGGAGCUCAGGCCUACCUCAUUUUCGCCUGGCAGGUCAGCUGCUCUGUGUUUCAGUCUGAAGCCGUUGGCUGCUACUGAACCGUUUGGCUCUUUUCUCUACUAGCGAGCAAACCUACAAUCUAGACCCAACUGUCCAUCCAGCUCAUUUUUAAGGGGAUUUAUCAUUACAUAUGCCCGUGUAUCCAAAACACAUCGGUCAUUGGGGAUUCCUAGCACCGGUUGGUCGGGUCUGAAGGCCGUUAUAACGCUUUUUUGAGGUUUAAUUAGAGCUAGAAAACAACGGUGGUGGAGGAGGAGAUUCCAUAUUAGGAGCACAGAGGAGAAGGCACCCCCCUUGUGUGAUUUGGAGAUUUUGGUUCUGAGCCCAUGGUACAAGGCCCCGACUGAACAUACUGCUGGGGCAAACUUACUACUGUGGCUGUGUGUGCGUGCUGACCUCAUGGUGUAACAGGAGUAAAGAUGAGCAUUAGCAGUGAUGAGGUCAACUUCCUGGUCUACAGAUACCUACAGGAGUCAGUGCUCUGUGCUGAUCAGAUGCCAUUUUGGAUGAUGCUGUUUACAUGUACGGUGGCUCUGAGUGAUCAAACAACCCUCUAAAGGCUUUUGACGGAUGCGAAAAAACACAGCAAUUCUAACAUGUUCCGAAAACUUUAAUGACGGCCAAAAGUUUCGGAGUUGGUGUGUAAACAUGAUUGACACAACGGUUCUCCCACUCAGCGUUUACCUUCGGUAUAGAGAGUCACAUCAGCCAGUCCAACAUCAAUGGUGCUCUGGUUCCCCCUGCUGCCCUCAUCAGCAUCAUCCAGAAGGGCCUGCAGUACGUCGAGGCUGAAGUCAGCAUCAAUGAGGACGGCACAUUAUUUGACGGGCGGCCCAUAGAGUCUCUGUCCCUGAUUGAUGCCGUGAUGCCGGACGUUGUUCAGACGAGGCAGCAGGCCUACCGGGACAAAAUGGCCCAGCAGCAGGCUGCCGCUUCAGUGCCGACAUCAGCCACCGGAGGCAGCAUCGCUGGCAACGCCAAGAACGGAGAGAAUACUGCCAACGGGGAGGAGAACGGAGCCCAUGCCUUAGCUAACAACCACGCAGACCUGAUGGAGGUGGACGGAGACGUAGACAUCCCUCAGAACAAGGCCAUGGUCUUGAGGGGCCACGAGUCGGAAGUCUUCAUCUGUGCCUGGAACCCCGUCAGCGACCUGCUGGCCUCAGGGUCUGGUGACUCGACGGCUCGUAUCUGGAACCUGAGUGAAAACAGUACGAGCAGCUCCACACAGCUGGUGCUGAGACACUGCAUACGAGAGGGAGGGCAGGACGUCCCCAGCAACAAAGACGUCACCUCGCUAGACUGGAAUAGCGAGGGCACGCUCCUGGCAACAGGCUCCUAUGACGGCUUUGCCAGAAUAUGGACGAAAGAUGGGAACCUGGCCAGCACACUUGGCCAGCACAAAGGUCCCAUCUUUGCCCUUAAGUGGAAUAAAAAAGGCAAUUUUAUCCUGAGUGCAGGAGUAGACAAGACAACAAUCAUAUGGGAUGCCCAUACAGGAGAAGCCAAACAACAGUUUCCUUUCCAUUCAGCUCCAGCACUAGACGUAGAUUGGCAGAGCAACAAUACGUUCGCCUCUUGUAGUACAGACAUGUGCAUCCACGUGUGUAAACUGGGACAGGACAGACCCAUCAAAACAUUCCAGGGACACACAAAUGAAGUAAAUGCAAUCAAGUGGGAUCCCACAGGGAACCUGCUCGCUUCCUGCUCGGACGACAUGACGUUGAAGAUCUGGAGUAUGAAGCAGGACUCAUGUGUUCAUGACCUGCAGGCCCACAGUAAAGAAAUCUACACCAUCAAAUGGAGUCCCACCGGCCCCGGAACCAACAAUCCCAGCGCUAACCUCAUGCUAGCCAGUGCGUCGUUUGACUCCACGGUUCGUCUUUGGGACGUGGAGAGAGGCAUCUGUAUCCACACGCUAACUAAACACCAGGAGCCCGUCUACAGCGUGGCUUUCAGCCCCGACGGUCGCCAUCUGGCCAGUGGCUCAUUCGACAAAUGCGUGCACAUCUGGAAUACACAGACGGGCGCUUUAGUCCACAGUUACAGAGGGACGGGGGGAAUCUUUGAGGUUUGCUGGAAUGCAGCAGGGGACAAAGUGGGAGCCAGCGCAUCAGACGGAUCUGUAUGUGUACUAGACCUUCGGAAAUAGUGCUGCUGUUUGUUGGAAGCCAUGGACCGACCAUGAAUGUGUACAUAGCCAAAUGACUGUCCCUGCCUGCCUGCCCUGCGUACUGCUCAUGCUUAUGGCCCCGCCCACCGACAGACAGGAAGCAGGAAACAGGAACAGGAAGCAGCUGACACAGCAGGUCCAGACGCAGGGAUGAACAGAUGGACAGACAGACAGACGGAGGGAUAAGCGGGGCGGAUGGACGCGUCCCUCUCUAUCUGUGCAGACUCUUCCAGAGAUGUAGAAGGGACGCAGUGGAAAAAAAGAAAAAAACUGAUAGACAAAAAAAAGUUACAGAUCCGUAUAUGUACCAAAAUUUGGAAGCUAUUUUGCUUUUUUGAUCUUUAAACCAUGCUCAUCUUCAUCAAAAUGAAAAACAAUGAAAAAAGUGUUGACCUUUGUUACUAGUUGGAUCUCAUUGUGCAGACAUAUCAAGUUCUCCACCAUAAAAUAGGAUGGCACUUAGUUUUUUUAAAUUUCAGAUCUCUUGUUUCAAUGUUUUUAUAUUUUUUAUCUUUGGGGGAGGGGUCGGGCUGGUCAGGUCAGAGUUUUAUGAGUUGGAGAAGUACAUACUUACAUAAACACAUGCACACCAAACAGUUCUCACAAACACGUUCCUCGUCAUGAUCUCAAAGCAGUGUGGCAAAUCUGAAGGCUUCUCUCCUGUAUGUCUGCAGGUGUGAGUGGGUCACUCGGUUCAACCUCAGAAUGCAGUAGUUCAUGUGUUGCACCUCCACCUGGCCACAUGACGCAUGAUGUCCAUCUAGAUGCUUUAAAAACAGCUCCUCUGUGCACUAUUUGAUCUAGAUGUUCUCCUCUCUGGACCCACAGCAGUUACCUGUGUGAUGAAAACUAAAGUUUCUAUUGGCAAGAAGCUGACGUCCACUUGUCUGAAUGUCAAGGCUGUUCUGAGUUUCAGUAAUGCAACAGUAAGUCACUUACAGUCCUCAGCCAGUAGGAUUCCAGCUGUUCUUUUUACCUUCACUCAUCUGUAAGAGUUGAAACAUUUCUAAUUUGAUUCUUCCUCAAAGGCCUCAAAUCACCUAACACACUGGAGUGUGGUGGUGAAGAAGCAAAAGUGUUGUUACACUUUUAGUUUUCAGACUAAAACCGCAGAGGGUAGAGACAAAGAAAGAAGUCUAUGGCGUAAAAGAGGUGGACUUGAGCUCUGUGUCCAUUUGGCAGCGGUCACGCAUCAUUCCAGCCGCCGAAAUGAGCUCUUUUAUUGUUUUCAUAUUUGUAGUUAAGUGAAAUCAAAUACACAAACGGUUUUAGUUCCUUUUUAAUUAACUGACUCGUUAAUGUUGGAGUUAAAAUCAGAUUAUUUACAAGUGACUGUCAGCAAUGGUGACUUUGCAACGAGUUUGACUCUUCUGACGGUUUUUAGUUUGUGUCGUUGUUUAUUCCUGUUAACUGCCUGGCUGACAUCAUCGUUACGUAAUGGUCUGAACAUAUCAACGUGUACGCAGCAUGAUAAGACGCUGUGCGUAAAAUCACUAUCUAUAUAACAGUACAUAGUUCGCCCUACAGUGAAAUCGAAUGAAGGUUUUUGGAUACUCUAAUGUUGCACCAUCAGUGGCAGGUGUAGUGUCCCACAACUGUAAUAUUCGUACCUAUCAAAUAUGACUUAUUUUGUGAAUUGUUAGAGCGUUGUAUACUCCGACCAUGUGCUGCUAAGUACAUAGAGUGCACUGUUUAGGGACUGACGUCGCACACAACCUGCCGCCAUUUAGCUCGCUUGCUCCUACGUUAAAAACAGCCAAACAAUUUGCUAACUUUCCACUUUGGGAAAGUUGUUUCUUUGCUCUGCCCUGUUCAAGGUUUAAGUCAAACUAACAGUUUUUUCAGAGCCGCUCUGCCUCCAAGACUACAACUUCUUUUACUGUUUUAAUAACGCAACCACGCACAUUUCCCUGGCCUGGAGAGGACGGCUUCAGUGUGACUUUGAGCUGCCUCUGCAUCACAUUCUUUUUUCCCCUUCGGACACCAACGCUUCAAACGGGCUGAUGCCUGUGAACAUGCAGCCUGCAGAAUCUUACUGGCUGAAUUCAGAAUCCAGUACAAAAGCAGAUCCAACAUUAAAGCAAUAUCUGGACAUUUCUAUUUUUGUCUGUUUUUGUUACCAGCUACUUGUCAUAAUGUGGGGAAUAACGACUGCAGUUAUGAAGCGUUGGAGGACUUAAAGCUGUGAAGUAGCUAAAGGUCAAAUGUAAAGUCUUUUCUCCACACCAUGACAGUGUCUGCGAACUAAAAACUAAAUGUCGAGCUGUUCAUUCAAUGUGCUUGAAUCCAUCUGCCCGCUCAUCUUCAUUCUUGGUUCUUCACCACACAUUGUACUCCGAGGUUCCGUACUGACAAGACAUUUUAUACUCUUUUAAAGACAAAUUUAAAGUUACAUUUUUGUAAUUUCUUUGUAGAUUUGAAAAAAAAAUGUGAAUUGAUGAUUUAUUGGCAGUGUUAAUGUUCUAUACAUUUUAACAUUUUUGUUUUGUUACUUUGAUGCUAUUUCAAAUAGUAAAGGUUGACCUUGUGAUGUCCGGCUCACUGAGCUGUCACUCUGAAGGCACCUCGCCGGCGAAGACUUGUCCCAGGUGCAAAUUACCACUAAAUUUGUCUGUUUUAAUAAAGAAAUGUUUUACUUUUUCUUUUUGCUUGAAUAUUUUUGGGAAGAUUUGUCCCAGAAAAUGACUUCCUCCUUGGCCUACAGAGAAGAUGAUUCAAAAAAAGUAACUCUUUAAAAUGAAUAAAAUUGUAAUUUUUCAAUCAAGCAAAGACUAGGGAAUUUUUUUGGUUCCCGUUUUUUCAUUGCUACAGCUGGAGUCAUGGAGAAAGUUGCUCUGGAAGCAGAUAUAAUUUCAUUGGUUGAUUAUGGACUUCUAUUUAAAUAGUUAGUUUGCAAUGGGACAUUUUGAGCAAAGAAAAAGAUAGUUUUGCAUAUUUAUAGAGAAAUUUUAAGCACCCAAAGAAUUGAAUCUGAAGUCUGUUCUCUGCUCAGCUUGUGUGUCUCCUCCCCUGCUCUGUGCCCUCACACCCUGAGCUCCCACUCAGUGUCAGGUUUGCUGCAUGCUGGUUCAACCUGGCAGUUACAGUGCCAUCUAAGGGUUAACUUCCAGUUGGCUGUUUGUCUCCAAUCAGUAGGAAGUGAGCACUCUAUAAACUAUAAUUGGCAAAAUCUAUUUUGCUGCGAUAACAAUGUCUUAAACCUCAGUGGCUGGAGCCAAAGAGUUUCUCUGGUAAUAUGAAAAGGCUUCUCAAAUACUCCAGAAUGAUUAGAAUCUUUGGUUAUCACAUAUUUUAAUUGGAUUUUCACCGAACACUUCAAUGAAGUUUAAGCUUGAGUUUCAGAGGUUUAAUUAACCCAACACAUUACAUCUGCCUCCGGAGCUCUGCUUCUGAGAAACGUUUGUACAACUACAAAUCUACUUUAUUUUCUCUUGUGUCCCCUGUAAUAAAUUGGACAUUUCUACUAAUGGACUAAUAGGUUUCAUGUGUUCAUAUUGCUGUGUACUAUUUCAUUGUUGUUUCUUCCUUGUUUUAAAGCACUUGAGCCAAUAGUUCUGAAAGUAUCUCACACGGGCAAAUUCCUCCGCAGUGUCCAUGCCGUCCUCCGGUCUGUGCCACAGUUUGUCUGGGUAAACGUGUCUAAAGUUGCUGAGUCGGCCUUUAUUUGUGCCGCCACAGCAGAAGCGUCAUGUCAGCCCGGCAGCGUCUCCCCCACGGGCUCUCAAAGCAUUUGUUUUGUUUCUUCCUGCAACUCGCCUCACAUUCAUCUGUUAUCAUUUAAGUCAGAUCAGCGAAACAAAAGUCCAGAAUAAAAUAUAUUUUGAUAAGA